UUCUGUUUUCUUUCAGUUUGGAAAUAACAGUAACUACAUGAAUAUGGCAGAGGCAAACAACGCCUUCUUUGCAGCCAGUGAGACUUUCCACACGCCAAGCCUGGGCGAUGAGGAGUUUGAGAUCCCACCUAUCACGCCUCCUCCGGAGUCGGACGCCGCCCUGGGCAUGCCCGACGUCCUUCUGCCCUUCCAAGGCCUCAGCGACCCGUUGCCUUCCCAGGGAAGCGAAUUCACGCCCCAGUUUCCCCCUCAGAGCCUGGAUCUUCCUUCCAUCACCAUCUCAAGAAAUCUCGUGGAACAGGACGGCGUGCUUCACGGCGGCGGGCUUCUCAUGGAGCAGAACCACACGCAAGUGUCCCAGUACCGCCAGGACCCCUCCCUGAUCAUGCGGUCCAUCGUGCACAUGACGGACGCCGCCCGCUCUGGGGCCAUGCCGCCGGCCCAGCUCACCACCAUCAACCAGUCGCAGCUCAGUGCGCAGCUGGGCUUGAACUUGGGCGGCGCCAGCCUGCCCCACACCUCUCCUUCUCCUCCAGCGAGCAAGUCGGCGACUCCCUCCCCUUCCAGCUCCAUCAAUGAGGAGGACGUGGAUGAGUCCAGCAGAGCCAUUGGAGAGAAAAGAGCUGCUCCAGAUUCUGGCAAGAAGCCCAAGACUCCAAAGAAAAAGAAAAAGAAAGACCCCAAUGAGCCCCAGAAGCCGGUGUCAGCAUAUGCCCUGUUUUUCAGAGACACUCAGGCUGCAAUCAAAGGUCAAAACCCCAACGCAACCUUUGGAGAGGUCUCAAAAAUCGUCGCGUCCAUGUGGGACAGCCUUGGAGAAGAGCAGAAGCAGGUGUAUAAAAGGAAAACGGAGGCCGCCAAAAAGGAGUACCUGAAGGCUUUGGCUGCUUACAGGGCCAGCCUCGUCUCCAAGGCCGCCGCUGAGUCCGCAGAAGCCCAGACCAUCCGUUCCGUCCAGCAGACCCUGGCGUCCACCAAUCUGACAUCCUCCCUCCUCCUCAACCCUCCGUUGUCGCAACACGGAACAGUGUCAGCCUCCGCCCAGACCCUCCCGCAGUCGCUCCCCAGGUCCAUCGCGCCCAAGCCCUUACCCAUGAGACUCCCCAUGAGCCAGAUCGUCACGUCGGUCACCAUCGCCGCCAACAUGCCCUCGAACAUUGGGGCCCCGCUGAUCAGCUCCAUGGGCGCCUCCAUGGUCGGCACCGUGCCCCCCACCCAAGUGAGCCCUUCUGUGCAGACCCAGCAGCACCAGCUGCAGCAGCUGCAGCAGCAGCAGCAGCAGCAGCAGCUCCAGCAGCAGCAGAUGCAGCAGCAGCAGCUCCAGCAGCACCAGAUGCAUCAGCAGAUCCAGCAGCAGAUGCAGCAGCAGCAUUUCCAGCACCACAUGCAGCAGCACCUGCAGCAGCAGCAGCAGCUGCAGCAGCAGCUCAGCCAGCAGCAGCUGCAGCAGCAGCUCCAGCAGCACCUCCAGCUGCAGCAGCUGCAGCACAGGCAGCACCAGUCCCAGCCUUCUCCGCGCCAGCACUCCCCCGCCGCCUCCCAGAUCACGUCCCCGCUCCCGGCCCUCGGCAGCCCCCAGCCCGCCUCUCAGCACCAGUCGCAAAGCCAGCCUCAGACACAGACUCAGGCCUUGGCGCAGGUCAGUAUUUUCUGAGGCGCGCGUGUCCAGGACAGCGGCGGCCGCCGGAGCGUCGCUGGCGAGGGCCACGCGGAGACGAGCGCCAGCCGGCGGCCCGUGUCUGUCACGCAGGCCGUCACGACGGCGGGGUGGCCGAGUGCCCCUUCUGGCUGGCGAAACACCCCGUUGUUUCUCGCCAAGGAAAAGCUGUGCUCUUUGAUGUGAUGCCUUUUCUAUUUAUUCAGGCUCUACCUACAAUAUGUGAAUCAAGCCGUCUGAUGAAUCCUGGGACGUACUGACGACGGCAGACUGGCCGCUCGAGCCAUGGGAAAUGGCCUUACUGCUCCAGAAGUGACCCCGCCUCCCGCCCAGGCUCUGACCUUCCGAAGCCCUAACGAUACAAAAGCACAGUUGUAACUACCUGAGACACGGAGCUCCAGUUUCAUACAAACACUUGUAUGACGUGAAUCGUUGAUGGCAUUUUUUUGUCAUGAAAAAAAAUAAUAAUGUAAAUCUCAGACUUUUGCCAAAGCUCUUAUUUUUUUUUCCUAAAUCUCUCCAGAAAAAAAAAACAAAAACAAAAACAAAAACAAACAAAAAAAAUCACAAAACAAAACCACAACGCAAGUGAUUAGAUUCAGUUGCUGAUGCGUCUCCAUUUGUACCCAUGUCGUCUGGAAACCGAGCCACGUCUCUGUUGUUCCAAUCACGAUGGCCACUGUUAGCCCGCGGCCCUCAUUCCGAUUAGGGAAAAGAAUGUGAAUAUUAUAUUGUGUUUUGAGUGACAGGUUUCGAAAAUUAAAAACACUGUAUUUUUCAAGGGGAAAUGCACUUAAAGGAAAACAGUUAUUACAAAAGUUAAGAUUUAAAAAAAAAAAAAGCAAGAGUUUUUAUUAUGACGUAAUACCAGUAGAAUAUUUAAAAGGCGCACCACAUCCGAAUAAUCAAUGUAAAUAUUUUCUUUGGAAGUUGUAAGUUUUCCUAUGUGUUGUAAAGUUUUCAUAAAUGAGGCUUUAACGUAAACACUGGUGACAGAACCCACUCAUUGCCACGUUGCUUAUUGUGUUUUUAUGCUGUUUUAUACUUUUUUAUGAGUUAUGAUAGCAGCGAUUAAGUUGUUUGUAUUUUGCUUAACUAAAACAAAAAUGCUUUUAUCUUGCUAUAGAAUAAACACCUUUCAGUAAAAUCUGUGGACUGUAUUUUGAUGCAACCACCAGGAAACUGUUCACUUUUCAAAUAAAAUGGUCUGUCAACUCUCGCUCUGGGUUCCGUGCGUACAUGUGAGGGGGCCCGGGCCUCGGCCCGCAGCUUCGUCUGAGCCAGGCAUCGCUGGAGAUACCUCGUAGGAGCUGAGAACCCACCUCGCGUGACCCAGAGAAGCCUUUGGAGACGCUUUUCUUGUAAUUCCCUUCCUGUGAAGAUGCGCGGAUGAGGUAGGUGCCGAGGACUAAGCCACCAUCCUGCAGCUGGCCUAGACCCGGCUGGUCUGAUGUGGCCGGCGCCAUGCACAGCGGAUGGGGAACGCUGACCCUUACACCAAAAUAACCAUUGCGGGGCCCACUUCUCCCCCCGCCCCUUGCUCUGUCGGGGCCCCCUUUGAGCACAGGGUGGUUGCCAUCCCCAGUUGUCUUGCAUGAUUAAUUACAGCAUCUGUCCUGUCAGAAGCUCUAAUGAAGAGGUCUUGAUAAAAAUUGCAAAUUACCACUGGCAACAGCCUUAAACUGCUUAUGAUAAAAUGAAAAUCAAAAACAGCAAGUGUCAACCCUGACCGGAAUCCUAAUCUGGAAAAAUGGAGGGUGUGCCUCCUGGCGUCCGGAGCCGCUGUGGGCGAGACGUUCAGAAACAGUGGCGUGUGGAUUCCUCGAAGUUGUUGUUGUAUCUCAAAGAAUAUUUAUUGUAUGUUGUGGGCUAUGAAUAAUGAAUUCCAGCUUUCAAUAUUUCAUCAUCCUCUCGUAGUCUGUGUUAUGUACAAAUAUUGAACAGCAAGGGAUUCUAAUUAUAAAUUUAUAGAUUUCUUGCUGUAGAAAAAUUUAUGUCUAAAUUGAAGCUUUUCAUCAGAUGUGUUAGUUGACAGGUAUCAGUGUUCAAACGGCCUUCGAGAUGCCUAAUCGUAUGUACAAGGGGCAACUGUCUCCCACAGAGAAGUGCUUGGUCUGCAUCAGAUCCAUCGGAGGCAGAGUGGAUGCUAAAAAAGUAUUCUGUGAGUUGAAAUGGCCAUUACAUAACAAUAAGAACCAUUUUAUAUUCUGUUGUAAAACCUUUAGACAAAUGUCUUCAAAAUUAAUUGCUAAACUACAUGUGACAGUAAUUGUGUAUUAGUUCUGUAAUUGUCAUUUUGAAAACCCAUGAAGUAUUGCUUGGAAAAAAUUGUCACUAGUGAUAAGACUUAAUUGCAGGUGAAGUCUGUUUUCAACUGUUUGCAGUUAGAAGCAGGUGUUGUAACAUCUAUUAAAUGAUUUUAUAAAUCUUGGGUUUUAUCACAUUUGAUUAAAUGCUGCUAAGCCACUGACGGUCAAUUUCAAGGGAGGAAAAAAAAAAAAAGUUUGAUGACGACCGCUGAAAAAAUGAAUCCCCAGGCAAAAUUCUGUUUAAAAUGUCAAAAGGCUUGAAUCAUGGAAACAAUUCCCCCACCUUGUUACCAAAUUAUUUUUCUCAGGAUUCACUACAGUAGAUCGUGAAUCAACUUGUAUUUCAGUUUCUACAUGGGGCUGGUUCCUGUGGCUGACAUGUAAGUAAGCCCUUGGUGUGGAUUUUGGUUACUGGUCAGAAAUCAAUCAGUAUCACGAAAGAGAGGCAUGAGAAAUGUGAGGCCUGGCUAGGCUCCCUUCUUAAAAGGAGCCCAGGGAUAUGAACAAGGCCCCCGCGCCCCACCUCAGUCAUACACACCCCUGCCCUUGCGUGUGCGCAAGACUUUAUUACGCUGGCUAAACAUGUUCUCCUUUUUGCAUUAACCUGUGCCGUGCUAGGAUGAAAGAACAUAAGGACUUUUCAUUUUUAGCUGACAUGGGGUCAUUAGUUCCCGACUCUGAGAACAAAAGCUUAAAUGCCUUCGUGCGGCAUAAUUUCUGCAAUAUAUUACCACCUGACGGAGGUUUGAAGGCUUUCUAGACAGAUGGAUUAAUAUCUCAGGUUUAAGUAGAGUCCUCCGCUGCGUCCAUCAGCGGCUUUAGAAAUCUGAAUGGUUUCCUUCCCAUUUCUCACUUCACGGAGCAUUUCUCAGCACUGGACUUCGGUCUAACCUCGCCUUCCCCCCCAUCCUCUUUGUUUGGCUUUUGUUUUGCAACAGCUGUUAUUAUCGUUUUUGGUCAGCUGUGAUUGCUGGAGGCAAAAUAGGACCAGAUGGUGUUUUGCUAUGCAUGAAUGGCGAGUUAGAGGAGUUGCGAUUGAAUAGGCCAAGUUUGAAUGGUGUCUAUGUGCCACCUGCCUGCCCAGGCUGGAGCACACACAUUGCAGUAGCAUGAUCUGCUCAGACCCAGAGUCGGCUGGGAAAGUGGGGAGCUGGGGUGGGUUUUCCCCGUAGUUAUUGAUCUUCCAUGCACUCACAGAGUAAUGCAGUGUACACUCAAUUGGAGUUGAUUAGAUAUGACACAGCGUGGCAUGUAAUCUAUCACUCGAAUUCUGGGUCGCUUUAAGGAUUUCAUUGCUCCCCCAAAUAAUGUGUGUGUGUGUGUGUGUGUGUGUGCGCGCGCGUGUAAAAAAGCGGGCUAUUUGGGCACACAGAGACUCAAGUAGAGCUAGGGAUCUGGAGUUGAUGUUUUGAGAAGGGGAGGACAUUGCAGAAUGGAGUUUGUGUCAGUUGAUGCGAGACCAAGAAAAGCCGUAAUUCUGACAGGUGGACGGAGCGCUUGUCUGUAACCAGCCCUCGGAUAUCGCGUGUGUCUAAGAACCCUGUCUUACUAGAGAAGACCGUGCAGAUACACAAUCAGAUUAGAAUUCUCUUAGAAAAUAAUGCCUGCUCUUCCGCCCCGGCCGGCCCUCAAGUACAGCCCCCUUCGCUGACUGCCUGGACUAACCUUAGGGAUUAUCACUCUCCUGAACUUUAGAGUUGAUGAGCUGGUUUAAGCCAUGUUGCCUGUGAUCCUCCAGGUGUGUGGUUGUGUGUUUGUUGCCGAGGAAACACUUAACCAUGCAGGACACAUGGAGGGAGAUGUGUGGGCAGAAAGCUCCAUUUGCCUAAGGCCCUAAUUGCUUAAAUUUAUUUCUGCUCCAUGCAAAACACUGUGAUGGGUCCCAAAGGAGAUGCAAAAAUAAAUAAGGCCUUCUGUUUACUUUGUGUAUGUUUGAGAUUUUCCAUAAUAAAAGU